UCUCUCUCUCUCUCUCGCUCCCUCCAUAUCUUCCUCUCUCUCUCUCUCUCUCCUCCAAAGCACCGUUGACGCCAUUUUUCCCCGGGGUUUUCUGUCAGGAAAAAAAAAAAACAUCGACAUCUACCGUGGCUCCGUUUGACAGCUCCCCGGGAGGCUGUCAUCCCAUCCGUCGCUUGUGCAAAGCGCGCCUCUGCUAAAUGGAUUGUAAAUGAUCGUGAUAAAAUAUUCACACGUUCGAGCUGACUGUAUGACAACAUUAGACAUGGACUGUCCCUGGCUUCACUCCGUUCCUGUGGGACCACCGGCACAACCACAGUAGCUGAUUGACAACACCAAACAGCCCGCCAGACCACUGCAUUUUUAUUUUAUUUUUUUCCUAUUGGCUGGCUGCCAGAGCUUCCCCCAUCCUGAUUGGCUGUGGUGGGAGCGUGGAUGGAGCCAAGGGAUCUGGUUGGCUCAGCCCGACCCAAAGAGGCGGACCUUCAGGGUGGUAGGGCAGGGCCAAAGGCGGAGCACCAAUUAGCAGCAGGAGGGAUCGAGUUGGUGCAUGGUGACGAUGCGAUCAACGGCGCUGUCAGUGAGGGGGAGGGGCUAGAGGAGCAGGGGGAGGGACUUAUGGAGGAGCAGGAGUUCUCCAUCAAGGAAGCAAGUUUCCAAGAAGGAAGUCUAAAGUUGAAGAUACAGACCACCAAACGCACCAAGAAGCCCCCCAAGAGCCUUGAGAACUAUAUUUGCCCUCCAGAGGUCAGGAUGACCAUUAGACCUCCGACCGGAGAAGCCAAAGGGGGGCGACAAGGGCGAACGGGAGGCGGGACAGGAACAGGGCGGGGCUCAAAGGACGAAGAACGAGGUCCCCCCAGGAAAAGGACGUACGAGCGCCACUUCAGAAUGCCGGAGCAGAGAGAAGGAGGCCUUCUACAACUUCUGGGAGAUCCCACUCUGCCCAAACACCAGCUCCGCGGCUCCCUUCCUUCUGCAAAUACUCUCCCAAACACGCAGCCGACACAGCACAGCCUCGCGCAAAAAUUCCAACACAUGAACACACAACAGCAUCGAAUCAGUCCAGAGUGGAUUUCGUCUGCUGCUCCCUUUUCAUCACUGGUCCAUUUGGCAGACUCUGAGCCAGCCGGGGAUUUGCCAGGAGCAGGUAGAGGUUCUAUGCUUGAUCCGACGCAACUCUAUUCACGAACAGCAACACAGAGUCCCUCACCUCAGAGAUCUAUGACCCCAGACUUGCAGCUGCCAGUUGUUACGGAUGCCAGUAUUCUCAACCUUACCUCUCUGAGCAGGGGCAAGGGUUUGCAGGAAGUCAGCGAACAGCUCUUUGGGAACAUCAAGAGGAAAUACGGCAGGAAGGACUCUCAGAAGGUGCUCUGUAAUCCCCAUGGUGCUGAGACACACUGGGGAAAGCAGCCAGAAGGAGGAUCAGAGAGUCCAGGUAAUUCAGAAGAGAGGCAGAAGUACAGGCAAGAAGAGAYGGCUGAGCAGCUCCGUGAAGACAGAGAAGAACGGAGAAAAGAAGAAAGAGAGCAAAUGAAUGCUGGAAGGAGAGGAGAUGAAGAGGAGAGAGGAAUGCCCUUGCUGGCAGAGGAUGGGAAGGGAAGAAAGAGGCGGAGGAGGCCUUCGUUUGAUGAGUCUUUUCCUUUGGAGGAGCAAUUGCAGCUUCAUACUCUGGAUGCUACUGAGAAAUCCCAGGGUGGACCCCCAGAACCCAAAGUAGCACAUAAGGCAGAGGCUCACAAAAACGAGUCUCGCCUGAAAAGUCAGGUAGAUGGUAGCGCAGAACAGAUUGAAAAAGCAGAGAGGGGAGAUAAGGGUGAUAAAAGGGAUAAAGGAGAGUGGGCAGACAAAACAGAAAGAGGAGAGGCAUUUACAAGUGGGCCUGACCAAGAAUCAGAUCAGAGCGCAAACAGAGUGAAAAAGAACUCUGUGGGUCGUCCGAAGAGUGUCACAGAUACCCUUAAACUCAGAGAGCUUACAUACAAUCAUAUCAACAAGCCUAAUCUUAACGUAAACCCCAAACUACCCAGUCCCAGGUCUAGGGGUAGCAUCAGUCCUGUUCCCAGCCCUAAACCUAGGGCUAACUUAAGCCCUAGUCCAAGCCCGAGACACAGAGCUGACUUGAGUCCCAGUCCCAGCAACAGCAGUAGCUCUGCUGUCAACUCCAAACCAAUCAAGCCCAAYGACAGAUGGUCCUACCUGAGAGUUAAGACUCACACCAGUCUCACAUCACCUCAGAGGGAAAACAUGGGUAGCCCCUCAACAUUAGCAGAUCCACCCUCUGCUUUUCCAAUCACCCCCUCAAGCCCACUCUACACCAACAUCGACAGCCUAACUGUCCACGCUCCCAUCAAGAGGAAACGAGGGCGCCCAAAGAAACAGCCUCUCCUAACCGUUGAGACCAUUCACGAGGGCACGUCCACUUCACCUCCGAGCCCACUGACAAAAGACACAUCCGCAGGACUGAACCGCAGGAGAAAGACACAUGCUCUGACCACAUUAGUUCAAAUGGCCUCUAUAACGGCCAACGACAGUUCUAAUGGUCUGAAAGUGAAGCGUGGCAGGGGCCAUCCCAGGUCUUUGAAUAAAACAAAGCUUGGGAAAAUGCAGAGCAUCCUGAACGAGAUCCUUUCAGGGUCCAGUCAGAAUGGCUCUCUGGCUCUGAAGUCACCCUCAGCUCCUGUCUCCUCAGCCAUGAGUGCCAUGGCGACCACCAUUGAGGCCCGAUUGGGAAAACAGAUCAACGUCAGCAAGAGAGGUACCAUAUACAUUGGAAAGAAGAGAGGGCGGAAACCCAGAGCUGAAACACAAGGCUCCAUCCUUCUUAAAACUACGAGGGACAGGCCACUAAUGUCCAUGUCCACGUCCAGUUUUUAUGAUAGCCCUGCAGUGCCUUCCACCAACUCAUCUCCCACUUCAAGUGCUCCAUCCCUAAGAGCCAGUGUUGAUGCCACCAUGCCCAGUUUACAGCCUAUCUCAGCCCUACCUUCGAAACAUCUAGGCAGGGGCUUUCUGUCAGGGGGUUGGAAACUUUCUCCUCCUCGUCUUCUGGCUAAUUCACCCUCCCACCUGUCAGAGGGGGCAUCAGUGAAAGAGGUGACCCUGUCCCCCAUCAGUGAGUCCCACAGCGAGGAGACCAUUCCAAGCGACAGCGGGAUUGGGACAGACAACAACAGCACGUCAGAUCAAACCGAAAAGGGUCCUGCCUCUCGUCGCAGGUACUCGUUUGACUUGUGUGGGUUUGAAUCUCCUGAGGCUGCAGCUCUGGAUGCAUCCAACAGAAACAGCAGAACACGCUGUGAACGGCAAGUCACUGCUGUGGAUAACUACCUGUCACAGCAGGAAAAGAAGCAGAAACACCAUCGGAGAAAGAGGAAGUGCUUACAGAGCCGAGAUCACCUUCACUUUCUCGCAGAACUGGAAGAGGUUGUGUUAAAACUCCAGCAGUUACGAGUGUCUCACAGACAAUACACCUGCUACCCCCAGCAUCCAUAUCCUUCCAUUUUCCGCCUCAACUUUCAUCACUAUUACCCGAUUAGCUACGACACUUACCCCUGUGAUUCGGGCUCCUAUCUCCGCCGGAGCGUCGAUCUGAAGGCUAAAAGAAGACGUGGUCGUCCAGCCAAAGCCAGCGAGCCAAUCACAUCUAAACUGCCUUUUGUUCAAGGGUAUGGUUAUCCGCUGGGAGGGGGGAAUUACUAUGCAGCACCGUAUGCAAUGCCUUACGCACCUCCUCUGAAUUUGGGCUACUUCCCUCCCACUCCCCCAUUUUACCUGCCCCACCACGCACUUGGACCUGCACCUCCAUCUCCUUUCAUGAGGCCUGCUGUCCCUCCUCCUCCCAAGGCUUUCCACUCCAGUGGACACUCCAAGCUGCAGGCAGGGGCUAAGAUUCGCAGCACUAGUGGUCCCCUCCAGGGGCCCACUGUAAGAGGAGAGGGACUGGGAUCCCUGAGCAAUGGUGGUGCAGGCGGGCUUGCAGGGGUCCGUCUCCAUAAGAGAAAGCACAAGCAUAAACAUAAGCACAAAGACGAACCCCUCCUCUCUCCACGAGACCGGCAGGAGCUGGGAGGACUUUUCAGUGGAGCUAAGACCAGCGCUCGUCUCAGCAUGCUGAGUGAAAGGAGAGACUUGGGCAGUCAGGGUUCUGCGAGGCAUCUGGAGAAGCAGAAGGGCAAUGCCAGAAGCUCUACCCUGGGCUCCAGCCUGGGAAUUUUUGAGUCGGACCAACUGUCCACACACUCCCUCGCUGACAGCCAGUUUCACUCCCAUCAGGCUGCACAGCCUGCAAAGAGCUUCAUGAGCAGCUACAGCAGCCAAUCGCAGCGGUCAAAGCCAGCCUCUGACCUCUUCUCUGGGUUACAAGACGACGAGUGUGUUGAGAGGAGCAGGAGGACGAGGCUCGCUGUCUUUGGAGAUCAGGGCUUAAUGUCCUUUCAGACGUCCAGGCAGGAACCAGAGCAGCUACAARCGUGUUCCAGUUCCUCGCUCACUGGUGCUGCCGGUAAGCGGAGGUAUAAACGUCGCGAGGUGGAGCAGAUCCAGAAGGACGUCAGGAGGAUGCAUUCUUUGAACUUUGAUCAUGURCAGAAGAUCCUCCGAGCCAAGCGUCUGCAGCGACAAGCCAAAACAGGAAACAAUGUCAUCAAACGACGGCCCGGGCGGCCCCGAAAACAACCUGUGGAGGAACCGAAGCCGGCCAGCAUUAGGGAAGRAAACUGGGCCGACGCUCGAGGUUUGGACAUGUUGGCCAGCAGGAGGAGCGACGGGAGGACUUUGGGGAUGCCCGUCCUGGAGAGGUGUGAUAACCUGCCGGGUAGGCCGAGCCUCAGGCCGAGCCUAACCCUCGAGACUCAGGAGCACUCCGGUCAUGAUUCCAUCUCAGCAGCUAUUGAGAACGUGGUGCAUCAGGCACGGUCCGUACCUCCGCCGGCUAAAGAGGGCAAACGCAGGGGCAGGGGCCACAGCAGGGACGAACUCUGGUCUCCUAACAGCCAGUAACACUGAACAGAGAGCAGUUAACAGAGUCCACGCUGACUCAAGCCUAUCGGAUGCAGUUCCCUACAGCUUGGGACGAUUGAUGCACUUUGGCUGCUUUCUCCUCUCUCGUGUUGUGAGGAGCACCGUGGACAGAGUGGUGGUUAAUGGGGAGCAGGAGAAAGACUUUCCCCAACCAGAACCCGACCAGACAUGGGCCUUUCAAAGAUUCAUUGGACCUUCAUUUACAAUGGCACUAUAUGGUACAAUUUGAUACUGAAUCUGAUGCUAUAAAAGUGUGUGGUACUUAUGAUAGAGUAGGAUUUUAUGUGAUUCUUUAUGUAUCUGAUACAGUGAUGUGUAUGGUACUUUAUGAUACAGUAUCUGAAUGUGGCAUUAGCCAUAUAUUUACCAGCAAGGAGAGGAGUGAAUGGUUAUAUAAAACUGUGCAGCUCUGUUUAUUUUAUUACAAUUUUUUUGCCUUUCUGAGGAAGUUUGUCUAAGACAUGUGAGAUAACACAUCAGUAAAUAAGCCACCUGUGUUUUUUUUCCAGUACCUUUUGAAUUUUCUUCGAAGUAAUAUACUUCCUGGCAGCUCCUCGUCUCUGCUUGACAUUCUCCCAGUUUUUGUUAGCACUCUUUGAUGUCUGCUGCUCUGCUUUACCCUCCUUAUUUGCGCCUACUGAUGUUUUGCAUCUUCGGUCCUUGAGCUUCCUCGAUUUACCCCGUGAGUCAUGUAUUCCUCCCGAAGCUGCUCAGGCCUCUCCUGGGCAGCAAAUAAAAGGCAAUAUGGUGGGUGAGGAGACUGUUCCACACUGUACAUAAACAUGAAGUCCAGUGUUGCCUGCCUUGUAGAAUGGGAAACCAGCUCAUAGUUGUGUACCAUCAUACAGUAUAUUAAAUAGAAUUGUUGUAUCAUAGACGAUGAAAGUGUGUAUUGUUUUAUAACCAAAAAACAGACAUGGGUGUGACUCGAGACAAGUUUGUUUUCAGACAGAAGGGAAAAGAAAAAAACGCAUAUAUUCAUUCAUACAUUCAUUUUUGUGUUUAUAUCGGGGGGGUCGAUGCAUAAAAGAGGGGUGUUUGGGUGUAUUUUUGGAAAAGUUUGUUAAAUGCACUAUUUAAAAAAAAACAUUCACUUGCAUCAAUCAAAUGCAGCACUUAAACGCUUGUUCUAGCCUUAUAUUUUUUGGCAUUUUUUCACUGGUUUGGGUGUCCACUCCAGGGAACAUGCAUUAUUUUUAAUCAAUUCGUAUAUGCAGGCUGCGCAGCCAUAAAAACCCAAGCUUGAGUCUGGAUCGCARUUGGACAGUUCAGCAAACAGAGGGCUCACAUUCAGUAUUAUGGAACAAAAUAUAUAUAUAUACAGUAUAUCCCUGUCUUUUUACUUAACAUGCUUUUAAAUUCUUGUCCCUGGAGAUAUUUUUGGAAAAUCCAGUAUUUAGAUUUAGAAACCAAAGUCUCAGUAUUUGUCAUGCAGAUGUAAGAGUAACGGGGUGGACGAACUCUUCAUCGUGCUCAACAAUGUAAAGCAUUCCUAUGUGCACUGUAGAUUGUAGCCAAUUUAAAAUUUGUGUCAAUGAGUCAAGCCUUUGUUCAACUCUUUUUACAGUAUAUGUGGCGUUGGGUAGUGGUUAAAAAAAUUCCCAGACCAGUAUUUCAGUACAGAGCAGUAUUUCUUUUGGCUUUUGUUUUAGUUUUGUUUUGUUUCAGGAGUUUCCGUUUUCUUUUGAUGGGGGUGGCAUUCUCAGUUGUAGCAGCUCAACUUGUGCCUUAUGUUUCGUUCUAUCACUGAUUGCAUUCAACUCAAGGAACAGAAAGCGGCGAGGAGGCCCACAGAGCGACCCGAAAUCUUCAUGAUUGUGCAUAAUGUGUCUUAGUCAUCAGAACCCCGAUGCUGCYUGCGUCCCUUCAUCAGCAUCCUCUCUGAGUCCGCCUGUCUCCCAGCUUCCUCCUCGUUUUCUGACCAGCGAUAGAAGGGCUGGACUCACAGUAUUAAACACACGUCAUGUCCUGACCUAGUUACUGCUGCACCGCAGCGGUGGAAACACAAAAACCCCACUGUGUGAGACGUGUCUGUCAAGWGGUAAUGAUUGUCCCAUGUAUAAUUGAACAUCCCUCACGCUCUCCUGAGAUUUUAACAAGUUAUUCAAAACACAUAACUGGUUAAACAUCUGGCCAAGGAGGAACAGAGGCAGAUGUCAUCGUUUGCUAUGCAUCAGGCCAUAUCUGGCAGUGACCUUAAAAAGAAAAAAUUAGCGGUCUGCGCCCUUCAACAAAAAAGAAACAAGUGGUCUUAUUAAGUGAAGAAAAUAAAUCCACGUCAGGAGAUUUAUGAAUACCAGUAAUAAUUUGUGCAGAAAGAGACUAUCAUUUCCAGAAAACCAUACUAUAGUUACUGCCACACUGUGCAGUACAGCCUUAAACAGAUGUGAAACUACAGUAUAAACCUGUUUGUUGUAAAUAGUGUUACUGUGUGCGUCCCGCAUGSAUAGUCAAGCCCGGAUACUCUGAGACAGUCUCGUAAAAAACCCACGACGCUCCAUCUGUCUCUGCCAAGACUGCUCAAGACCGAAGGAAAAACGUCCAAAAGUUACUAAAAUGAUGUGAUUUUAUUUUUGAUAAACUCCACAAUCAAGUGUUCCAUCUCAUCAAGUUACAUAAAAAGAUUUUAAAAAAACGUAACAAAAAUUAAAAAAAUAAAUAAAUAAAAAAGUCUGCCUUACCACAGUUUGAAAGUUCUUAGAGCUCUGUUGUAGUAUACUCAACAAAAAAAUAAAAAAUCCCGGUUGACUUUUUAGCUACUUUGCCUGCAGCCAGUUGGUGCAGCUUCGUAGCGUGGAGAGCGAGUGAGUGUAGGGGGGGUAAGGGAUGGUGGAGAGGGGGAGCUCUCAGAGGAAACAGCCAAAAAUACGCUCGACCUAAUGUUAUAGCGUGCUUAACCUUGCUUUGCUGGGUGACUUUCGGUGGGUCUGCAGUCUGUUUGUGGUGAAGAUUAGAUCUUUUCAUGUGGGCCCGCUUUCCUCCUGUGGUCAGGCAGCGGCCUCUGAUGCUGGAGUCAAACGGCCUCCGGGUAAAUACGUCCGUCCUGUCUGUCUGUCUCACUCCUACCAGCCGAUGCUCCGGUGCCUUCUAACACUGACAAGUAUUGUCCAAAUCCAGAGCUUUCACUCUGUGCAGACUUCAGAGGGGGAUGUGGUUGAGAAAAAGGGAUCGCCGAUGUUAGCGGCCAGUCUGGACCAGUGGGUACGACUGAACUCUGGUGUGAGCGCCCUUUAGCUCGGUCCUGUGGCUGCGGUGUUUGAGCCUACAUUAGUGUUAGAGGAGUAUUUCCUGUCUGAACCAUUUCAAUAGAGCAGCUAGAAGAGAAACUGGCACCGAAACCUUUUUGUUUUUGAUCACCCCUUCAUUCCCGAUGUAGCAUGCAGUGAUGAGUGUCCCACACACGGAGCCGAGGUCAAAGCAGAUGCUAAAUAAAUGUACUGUACACUGUUGUCGUCCUCGCCGCAUAUGCUUCCCCCAUUCUGAGCUAUAAUGUUUUUUAAAAACAAACGUGCAGACGAAGCAUCGAAGAAAAACCAAUAAAUGUACUUCUGCAGAGCACAAAGUGAGCUCUUCUAACCACGCGGGCAUAUUUUAAUUUGUAUACAUAGUGUAUUUGAACCUUUUUCUAGAGUGGGUUUUCUUUAUUUGCAUGCUAAAUUUGAUUGUAUGCAUAAAUAUUUUAGACAAGUUGAAUUUCAAUUGACCUUGAAGCAAAACUUGUACAUUGUUUGAUAUGUUUCUUUUUGUAAUGGAUUUUUUAAAAUUCAUGAGGCAUUUUUGUACAUUGUAUGAAUAUUAAAAACUGCAAAUAUUUGACAUAUAGAGUAAAUACUAGAUGCGCAUGCAUAUGCAUAUAUCCCUCACGGUAUAUAUGUGUAAACGUACCCAUAUAUUUUGUAUUUGGAUCUGCCAGCAUACAGAUAUAUGUCUUAAGCACAUAUAUACAUGUAAUAUAUGUAUAUCCAUGUCUGCUGGCAUGCUUUUGGUCAUGUUUUACUUUUCAUGAUCUUGUAGGUUCAUUAAAAAAGGUUAAAAAAAUCUUCUUUUCCUCAAAAAGAAAGGCUCAUUCUUUGCUCCCCGUGUUGGCUGGUAGCGUUGAGCACUUAUUAAGAAGAACUACAGUUGAAGUUGUUCAUGUUAUCCAUUGUGUGAAAUAAUAAAUGACUUUAUUGACAGCUGA